AUGAAAAAUUCAAUCCCUCCGGACGUGUGGGAGAGGAAGAAAUCCUUAAUCGCGAAACUAUACAAGGAUGAGGAAUGGCCUCUCAAGCAAGUUAUUAAGAAGAUUCGCUCAGAUGAUUUCAACCCCAGCGAAACCCAGCUGCGGAGUAGAUUAAAGAAGUGGCGUGUAAAUAAAUCAUCUCGCCAAACACGCAAGUCUCAUAAUGGUCAGCAAGAGAGCGCGUGGAACGACAGCCGCCCAACAUCAAGAGGUAAUUCCUCGUCUGUAUCGCCCAGGACACAGAUGCGUUCUAUACAGCAGUCACAUGCGGCACACGUGCCCACGACCCAGUCUGAAUGGUACCUUAACAAUGGGUCCUAUGCCCAACAAGAUUUGCCCCCUGCAAUGUCCUUCGACGGUCGAUCUUCUACAACCUCUCCAGCAGUGGCUGUUAUUUCCGGCUCAAGUGCCUAUGAACCACCAAAUAUCUCACCUCUGGUAGAUAGCGUGUUGCUUGAUUCGCCUAUAAUAGCAUCUUCAUUUCCCGAGCCAUCAUAUACUAUCACCACUGACUCGUGCAUGCAAGCCUCCGUUUCAACGUCAUCGCCCACUCAGUGGUCAACCCCUCAGUGGUAUUCUAUGGCUCUAGAACCGGGAACUCGACAUCCGCCAAUGCCUUUUAUUACUACGGUAACUCUAAACCCUCCAACCGACCCCACGUUGCAGUUAAUGCCAUAUAAUUCACAUGGAGUUUACCAGCCUCAGUUGCCGUCGCCCUCCAGUUACUCUCACCAGCGGAUGCCUCACUGCCACAAGGAUAUGAAGCCGUGGCAACAAGCUGCUUCUGCCUCCAAAUAUCCUGGAUGCAGCUGGUGGUCAUCCAAAAGUGGAUCAAAAGGGGAGGGCACGUCUCUGGAAGGAAAAACUUCGCUGCGAUCCAAAGCGUUCAGCCAACCUCCCGCCGGAUUGAUGACACCCCAACCUCCUUUCUUUUCCAAUGGGCAACGUCCCGUCAUGUGUUCGCCUAUGUAUGAAUACUCAGGUCCAGGGUCGUGUAUACAAGACUUAACUAGUUUCGACUUCUAG